AUGUUCGCCCGUCAGACCUUCCGCUGCGCCCAGCCCUUGAGGCAGAGUUUCCGCAAGUACUCUACGGAGGCUCCCAAGGCCAAGUCGCUGGCUCCUAUCUACACUGCUGUCGGCCUUACCGGUCUCAGUGUGGGUCUGUACCGCUACUACUACGGCGCUGCUGCUACCGCUGAGGCUCCCGUCGAGCGCGCCAAGGUUUUCACCGGUGGUGACCAGGGAUGGGUGGACCUGAAGCUGUCGGAAAUUGAGGUCCUCAGCCACAAUACUAAGAGACUGCGCUUCGAAUUCGAGGACAAGGAAGCCGUUUCCGGUGUCACUAUUGCUUCCGCUCUCUUGACCAAGUUCAAGCCCGUUGGCGCCGAGAAGGCCGUCCUCCGUCCUUACACUCCCACCAGCGAUGAAGACCAGCCUGGCUACCUUGACCUUGUCGUCAAGGUCUACCCGAACGGACCCAUGUCUGAGCAUAUUCACAGCAUGAAUGUUGACCAGCGUCUUUCCUUCAAGGGCCCUCUCCCCAAGUACCAGUGGGAGACCAACAAGCAUGAGCACAUUGCCCUGAUCGCCGGUGGUACCGGUAUCACUCCCAUGUACCAGCUCAUCCGUCAGAUCUUCAAGAACCCCGAGGACAAGACCAAGGUUACCCUUGUCUACGGUAACGUCAGCGAGGAUGACAUCCUCCUGAAGAAGGAGCUUCAGGAUCUCGAGAACACCUACCCCCAGCGCUUCAAGGCUUUCUACCUCCUCGACAAGCCCCCCAAGGAGUGGACUGGCGGCCAGGGCUACAUCACCAAGGAGCUCUUGAAGACCGUCCUUCCAGAGCCCAAGGAGGAGAACCAGAAGAUCUUCGUCUGCGGACCUCCUGGUCUCUACAACGCCGUUAGCGGUAACAAGGUCAGCCCGAAGGACCAGGGUGAGCUGUCUGGUAUCCUGAAGGAGCUGGGCUACAACAAGGACCAGGUCUACAAGUUCUAG